AAUAGUUAAUUAAAGGAUCUCGCCGCCGUGUUGCCUCCGUCGGAGGGGAAGAACCACUACCAAACUUCAACUCACUUUCUCUCUCUCUCUCCCCGAUCUAUAAAUCAUUCUCUCACUCUAAAAUCUCUCUCUCCCUCCCUCCCCGAUCUAUAAAUCGUUCUCUGACUCUGAAAUCUCUCUCUCUCUCUCUCUCUCACUCUUACAAAGCAAAGUUUGGUAAUUGGAUGCGUUGAAUGAAACUUCGUUAGUUCUUCUGCUGAAGAAGUGAGAAACAUGUAUUCUGAUGAAGAGGUGUUUGUUUAUUCAGAGUAGAGUUUGUUCAUUGAAGAACUGAGGGAGGUUCAGGUCCAUGAUACUUUGAAAUCUGUCUGUAGUAGGAACUAAGAAGACCAUGGGACGAGCUUCAUUAUUACUUAUAGUUUUUUUGGUUCUUGGUUCUUCCUUUGCCACCUAUAAUGUGGUAACGAUGAUAAGGCACUACGGAUCUUCAGAAGGUGUGGCUGUGGAUGAUGGUGCAUUGUUUUUUGACCCUAUUACUGAGAUGCCUGAUCAUGUAAAGAAUCGGAAGACAUCUAAAGCGCCCUUUCAUGUCGCGUUAACAGCAACGGAUGCUCCAUAUAACAAAUGGCAAUGCCGCGUCAUGUAUUAUUGGUAUAAACAACAAAAGAAGUUACCUGGGUCUGAGAUGGGAGGAUUCACCAGGAUUCUGCAUUCUGGAAAUCCUGACAACUUGAUGAAUGAAAUUCCUACUGUUGUGGUUGAUCCCCUUCCAGCAGGUUUGGACCGGGGAUACAUUGUUUUGAAUAGGCCAUGGGCCUUUGUUCAGUGGCUGGAAAAGACUAAAAUAGAGGAAGAAUAUGUGUUAAUGGCAGAGCCUGAUCACAUAUUUUUACGUCCUCUGCCCAAUCUGGCCUUUGGAGGACAUCCGGCUGCUUUUCCAUUUUUUUACAUUAGACCUGAUCAGAACGAAAAGACCAUAAGGAAGUUUUAUCCUGAGGAGCUGGGGCCAGUUACAAAUGUUGAUCCAAUUGGAAAUUCUCCUGUAAUUAUAAGAAAGGAUUUGAUCGCAAAGAUUGCCCCCACAUGGAUGAAUAUUUCUUUGAAGAUGAAAGAGGACCCAGAGACUGAUAAAGCUUUUGGAUGGGUGCUAGAAAUGUAUGCUUAUGCUGUUGCAUCUGCUGUGCAUGGUGUGAGGCACAUUCUGCGGAAAGACUUCAUGUUACAGCCCCCAUGGGAUCUUGAAACUAACAAGAAGUACAUUCUCCAUUACACUUAUGGAUGUGACUACAAUAUGAAGGGUGAAUUGACUUAUGGCAAAAUUGGUGAGUGGAGAUUUGAUAAAAGGUCACAUCUACGAGGACCUCCACCAAAAAACUUGCCCUUGCCCCCACCAGGGGUUCCUGAAAGUGUGGUAACCCUUGUAAAGAUGGUGAACGAGGCUAGUGCUAACAUUCCAAAUUGGGACUCAUCUUCCACCUCAUCAUGAUGAUAUCCCAAGUGCACAUUUCGAAAAGGAAAAAAAAAUAGACAUUUGAGUCUUUUUUUUUGUCACGAGUUUAGUCUUAGAAUCAUAGAUGAAUGUAGUAAACUAUACCAUUUUAUAUGGCAAUUUAAACGCAGGAUAAAUAUUUUAUAUAUAUUUUUUUCUUGUUGGUGAUCUUCUUGAAUGGUAUUUGGGCUCGUACCACAAUGCCAGAUACUUUAUUCAAUAAGUAUUGGCUUCGAUAUUGCAUAUGCAUAUGUUGACAAUUCUUGUAUUUUAUGCCAUGCAUAGCCCUAGACAACAUUAUAAUUGUUUCUGUAUUCUC